AAAUAGAAAAUCCACUUAAAGCAAACUAAAGGACAUCAUGUUAUGUAACUUGGGACGGACGUCAAAAUAAAAUUGGCGAUUCCAAAUUCCAAUCUCGUAAACAAUUCUCGCCGUGACCAUUAUCUUUGUGAUGAACAUUUUUUUCCCUAAUGAUAGAGAUGUUUUCGAACAGACAGAUAGUGAGAGUGUGAGUCACACCGAUUGUUUGUAAACUGCAGUCAGUGCAACGCCCAAAGAUACAAGUGUUUUUCAAAUGUUAACAAUGGAUUAGAGAAAGGUUUUCGGAAGUUAGCACAGUAAUAAACAGAAAGAUGGGUGAAAGAUCCAUAGGGGAUGGUUACAACAUGCCUGAGGCAUGGGCUGGUAACAACUCCAGCCAUGUACUCGAUGACAUCAAGAUGGAUUCAAAUUUUCUCAUGCUUCUUGGAAGUCUGAUCUUUGCUAUUACCUGGGUGAUAUACAUCACUUAUUAUAACUCGAGGAUCUUUGGAUGUAUUAUCACAAAUAUUGUCAAUAGAUUUUUGAGCAACAGCGAAUACUUUCAAAUUGGUUCAUUCACAAUAAAUGCUUUAUCUGGGAAAAUUAUGUUCAGAGAUUUGGUGUUUAUCACACAUGACUAUACUGUCCGAAUACAGGAUGGUUAUUUAAUAUUUAGAUGGUGGAGAUCAUAUGUUCCUAAAGAUGUCAGUGAAGACUUGUCCCAUUCGGAUACUAGAUUAUCAGUUGUUCUACAUGGAUUUGAGUUGCAUGUUUAUAAUCGUUCUCAUCUCUACUCCCAAAUAGAAAGGAUCUUUGGUUUAGAUCCUGGUAUAUUCCCAGAUAAUAAUAAUGAGGAAAACAAUAUGAAUAUAGAAAAUAUUGAAAGAACUGAGCAAGAGAAGAAAAAGAAACAGAGAUCUGAAGCUGCCAUGGCAGGAACUUGGAGGGAUUUGAUUCCUGUAAUUAAAAUAGAUAUUUCAUCUUGUCGUUUGGUAUUUGGAAAUAAGCUCGUGCCUACAACGCUCAGUGUCACAGUGGAAGAAAGUCACUUUGUCUAUUCGACUAAACCUGCAGUUAACACUUUGGAUAGGUUUAUGCAUUUUACUAAAUGCAAAGCGGAGAAUGCGAGGGUGAUGUUGGCGCCGAGCCCCAAGUACACGGGAAUGUUGGAUGAGCCGCCUCGGUAUAUGGGUGAGGGUUUUGUACUGAUGUCGACAAACGACAUGGAACUGUAUUUCUACAUGGAUGAACCCGGUAUCGUUCCUGAUCAACCUGUUACCGUGACAUUAGCAAACGGAGAUGUUGUCGAAUCCAGUCCGCCCCAAUGGGGUAUGGACAUCAAGUGCGGCAAAGGCACCGAUUUCAGCUACGGUCCUUGGGCUGAUCGCCAAAGAGAACACCUGUUCAAAUUCUUUUACCCCCAAGAUUAUGUUACCAUGAAAGUCACGGAAGCUCCGAAGCCCGGCGACAAAAGGCAAAUGCAGUCCUUCGAUGUGCGACUUUCGAUGCAGUACAUCGCAACCAUAGACAUCCUUUUCUCGAAAAACAAGGAAACUAAUGCUGUCCACGUUACUGUUGGAGCUGGAAGCUAUUUGGAAAUAACCAUACCAUGGGUUACAAAUGCCAAUGGUUACAUCACAAAGAUUAACGGCCAAUUAUUACAUUUAGAGGCAACGACUAGUUUGCAGUUCAGAGAUUUAGCGGUGAGCGAGACUCUGGAGUUUUCCAUUUUGUGUCAUUACCCAAGGGUGUGGAACGAGCAUCAAUUGUGGGAAGUCAAUAUGACAGGAUGCAAAGCCACAGUGAAUAUUCUCUUCAAUCACAAAUGGUUUUUUCAAGAUUUCAUAAACGAUUGGUCGUCGAAACAGAGACCGGAUAUUCUGCACUUUGUGCCUUACACCUGGAAUUUCGGUUUAACGUUGAAACAUUGCGAAAUAAUAACAUUGGUGAAUCAGUACAAUUGGGUAGAUUGCAGCAGUAUAGGGCAUAAUCAAAGAUUGGAGAACACUCAGAUCGCACUGUGCGCUCACUUCAUGCACCUAUCUUUCAACAUGCCGUUUGAUGAAUUCUUACCCGACACGGUCGCUCUUAACUUCAGCAUUCAAGGCGAAAGCAUUGAUUUGACCUUGUUCAUUCCUGAAUUUCAUACCAGUAGAAACGUGGUGACGGCUCUGGAGAAGUACGCAAAAGUACACGCGAAAGACGCCUCUUCUACCAAGAAAACCGAAGCCAUCCCGAAGUGGCGAAAUAUUUGUCAAAAGAGUUUCGGUUGGAUCGACUUCUGGUGGAUUCCGAUCGGUGCUAUUAGUAUUGUUUACGAGUACCAUCCCUGUCCUCCACUGGGACCAACGCCUCAAGCUGAUAUUUCGACACCGGUGAAAGAGGAGAUUCUCUUGUCUCCGAUUAGGCCUCAUCAAAGAAAACGGAAGCAACGAUCUCCGCAGGAAGGUGUGCAAAAGUUCGAUCCAACUAGUUUAAAGGCGGAUCUGGUUACAGUUGAAUUGGAAGUUGGGCCAUCCGUAUUGUUACUGUAUGGAACUGCGCUGAGAAAUUUUCUGAAUUUCAAGGAAAACAUCUUUGGUGAAGAUCAGAUGUUCACAGACUUUAAAUUCACACCUAAUCAAAAUCAUGAAACACCCAUGGCGACGGGUAUUAAGAGCGAAGAUAGUUCUGGUAAUUUACCGCUGGAAUUACGAGACGAUUUCGACCAUAGGAAUUAUAGACCUUUGGAAGUUGACGUCUCUGUUAUCAUGCACGAUAUACAAGGUCAUUUAUUGAAGAAUUGUACAGAAAAGGACCCAUCCUGUCCGGUUAUUCUCGUCGAAAGGUUUGGUUUCGAAAUGAAGAAACGUUAUGAUCAAACUGAACUUCAGUUACUUCUGUCGCCUGCGGUUCUUUUAGUGACGGAUAAUGUCCCGAGAGCUGGGCGCGAUAAACAUUUAAGCCAAGGAAGAUUAACGCUUUCAUCUUUACAAAUCCGAGGUCACGCGAUGUUCUCUGACAUUGGUCGGACUUUGGAUGAAGACACUAUCGAAUACUCGUGGCUCGUUGAAAUCCAAUUGGGAAAGUUAAGUGGACGUCUGACUACUCCGCAAUUAUACUCGCUCUUAGCUUGUCUCGAAACUUUGAUUUUGCUGCUCUCCGAUACAGAGAACGAGUUGUACACACCUAAAGUCGAUGAUUUAUUAAGCGAACCUCAAGUUCAACCGAACACCACCAGUCCUUUGCAAAAUUUACCUCAGGCUAUUCAACAGUUGCUUCAGCCCAAAACUAAUCCUGCUCCAUCCGUGGUCCCUCCUGUAAAUUCCCAGACGACGACUGCGAUGAAGAGUAUAAAGGUGGAAAAGCAGGAAAAGAAAGUCAGCAUUGAUGAUACGAUCGAAGAAAUUAACGAUAAAUCGCACGACUUAAAAUACAAGUUUACAAGGCUCACCAUUGACGCAAUCGAUUUGUGGUUGGUCGAGAAUGGAUCAGCUCUGCAAAUGUGGGUAUCUCCAAUUAGAUUAUCCACGUGCAAUUUGCAUGGUAAACAAGUCGGAUCUGGGUUGACUUGUGUCAUGUACAGCAUGGCAUUAAGGCACUGCGUGUGGCAACCGCAGAAGUACAACCACUCCAAGACAACCGAUCAUUCUGAUCUUUGGUUGGAAGUAGGUACAAUGGAUUUCGCACCUUUGGUCAUAGAGUCUGCAAUGUCAACCGAUUGCAAAGACGUAGAUGCGCACGCUGUGCAGCAAAAAUUCUUGAAAACUCACGACGAAAGAUUUAAGAAGCUUUGGUUCUUGUGGCCCGAAUCCAACAAAUCCUCCAUACAAUGCGGUUGCACCGGCGGAUGUUUAUUCUUCGGGAAUAAUGCUAACGGUAGGAAAUUCUUCAAACCUAGUCGGAAAGAUUUAGAGGAUGGAACGAACAUCGCAGCGUUCAAAGUGAACGAGCCAGGACAAGAUCCAGGUUACGGGCAAAGUAUUUUGCACGAGGGAAUGCUGAUAUUCCGCACACCUCCAUACAUAGUUAACGAGAUUUCGUUGCAAGAUCACGGUAAAAAUAUUAAAGUUCCUGCCAAUCGAAGCUCGGAUAGUCCGAGGGUCAUCUCUUUGAAUUACGAGAAGACGGAAACUUGUUCGAGUCCGCAUAGUUUGAACGAACGUAAAGUAAGUCGUCGGUAUUCUUCGACUUCGAUCAGGAGCGGCACCGGCGCUCCUCAAUCUCAACAAAAAGACGUACCGUAUUCGAGAUUGGUGGAUCCAGCUGCGCUUCCCAUAAAAUUGGAUAGCGAUUCGAAGUUGCACAAAGACAAAGCGAAGUUGAGCGUAAACUCCGAAGACGACGAUGAAUGCGUACCAAAGAAUAGCGCUUCCGAUUCCAAAUUAGCCGUCGACUAUUUCAAUAGUCCCAAAAAUGAGUGUAUUGAAGGAUCGGAUUCUCAUCAUUCACUUGGUAGACGUUUAUCUGAAGAACAAUUGCAAAAAGAAGUGCAAAGGACUAUUUCAAUGUCUAGUGAAAACCAUUCCGAAGCAUUUUUCUCCGCUGAUGAAGAUAUGCAUAUAAACUCUAGAAGUUCGAGUCUGAGAAAUUCAAUGCUAAGUUCUAAUGGUACAUUAACCCGACAAAAUAGUGUUGAAAGCAACACCGGUCGAGUCAAAAAGAAGUUUAGCAGUGAAUUGAGUAUCGUCGCAGAUAAAAAUGCUGGUACCAUCACUAAUGGUGUUUCCAAUCAAACGAAAGUAUCCUUAGCCAAUGGUGGUUCCAAAUUGCGGUUAUCGAGUCAUAGAAGCGAUCAUGAAAUACACACCCCGGAGCAUAGGAGUUUCAAUACUAAAGUCGAUGAAUCAAAUAGGGUGGUGCAAGGUUUGGUCACACCUCAAAGGCACGCCGGAAGCUUACGCACAACCUCACCUCGUCUGUCUGUUCGAGAAGCAACGAGGACACCUUCUCCUCACAAUUCUACAGGAAACCACGAAGUGGACGUUGAUAGUUCCGACAGUUACAGCAGUACGUCUUAUGUAAGCGCGAUAGGCAGUCAAGAGGAUUUUACCUUGGUCGAUCUUCACAUGCAGGUGAACCGCUUAAUUGUCGAUUCUCCUAUGCUAAUGUCCAGCUAUGUCAGUCAUUUAAACCAGAUGAAAUGUUUGAACUGGGGACAGCAAGCUUCAGGGUUUACGGCUCCUCUUUUCGAGAAAGACGAAGCCGAUCAUUUGGUUUACGUUGGAGGGCGUUUUGUUCCGCAAAUGGAAACUGUGUCGGAGGGUGUAACGUCUUUGAAAAUGGUGUCAAGAUUGGAAAAUCCGCCGAAAAGCGGAUGGGACACCGAGGAGUGCAACAUAGACGUUUCAGAUUCUAUUCACGAAGAAGAACUUUUAGGUACGCAAACCGAUGUCGGUUCGAGAACUUCGCUGAUUAUAAAGAUGAAAGGUGAUUUGGAUGUAAUGAUCACCCCGCUCUUAUUAGAAUCGUUGCAAAGAUUUAUUGAUGCCCUGACACCAACUGUAGCUAAUUUACAUCCAUUAACAGUGGUGAAUCAUUUGCACGCCUGUUGCAUUGGCCAAGUGGAAGCUGCGAAUGUAUUGAAAACCGUUGAAAAUGUUGCAACUUUAAGUCAGCCCCAAUCUGGCGACGAUAAAGUACUUGGGAUUUACGAAGAAACUUUAAAAAGUCAACUUCAGGCGGCCAUAGUUCUCCCUAAGGUUAACAUAACAUUGCUUCAAGCUUCUAUAGUCGAAGAAAUUAUAAGUUUCUCGGCUCUGGACAACAUCAAAGACUUAACUUGCGUCUCAAUGUUCUCCGUUAGUUUCGAUAACAUCACGACGAAAUUCCACCUCGACAGACAAGCAAAUGAAGUUUUGCAAAAGUUUUAUAGACCUGCUGUAGUUCCCAGCGAUGGAAAAAAGGGUAAAAAGCACUUUUUAAGUCUGCACACGACGACGAACGCGGAUAUCAUUCGGGGAGAACCGGUGUACGUGCAGAGCUGCGAGAAGCAGCAGCAGCAGUUGGUGGUUUCUUUGAAUAUAGGAAAGAUUCACACUCAACUUAGGCGAUUGAAAAACGAAAGCAGCAUUUUGGAAGAUGCGGUGAUUACGGCGAUCCCGGCAAAUUCCUCGAAGGUUCUAUUCACCUGUUUGAAAUUGAGGCCGCAACAUCGAGCUGUGGAUUACUACAUGAUGCCUGAAGUUAGUCAGCAAGUGCAAGAGGCCGAGGAUGAAGAUCGUCUUGGAUUCAUCAUGUUUGAGUGUGGAUUGGAAGGCGUUUCAUUGAAGAUCGUGAAGAAGUCUUGCGAGGAACAAUCUGAUGGUGAUAAGGAUGAAGACGAGGCGAAGGAAGAAGGUGAUGGGGAUAAAGCAACUCCGAAAGUAGGUAAAAAGAAGACUGGACCUAAAGACGAUGGGGAAUUGGUUGCGACUACUAAAGACAGCGGAAACGUAUCGAGCUGUAUCAUCGAGUUCAAAAUGGUUUGGUUUAAUUUUGCUGCUCCGCCCAAGACACCUAUCACCAGGAAAAUAGAUUAUACAAGAUUGGAUUGGAAUUUGCUUUCAACCGCUUCUCCGGCUAUCAACGCCUGGAUGAAUCCUAGCAAUAGAUUAGCGAUUCGGGUCGUGCAUAUGGUUAGAUCCAUGUAUCGAAGAAGUACAGCAACUGUUGCUUGUUUAAUGACGGAGGCUUUAGAACUUCCCUCACUACAUAUGACAACCAAGAGCCGUUACGGUAAAUUAACACCACUGUCGAAGACUCUUCACGAAGAUCCAAGCUGCAGGUUGUGCACUAUCUUGCAUAACUACUAUCUCCAGGCGGACCCGGGAAGCAUAGAGAGCAACUUAAGAGAAUCAGAUCUUCCGCAACUGUUCACGCUACGACAGGGAGUUGUUGCGUUAAGUCGACAAUGGAAGAGCCAAUUGCACACUCCUCUGAUGAAUCAGUACGACACGAAAUCGAAGGUGAAGCCGCUGAAUUUGAUGUUCUCGAUACCCACCGUCGAGGAGGUUUAUCUUACUGACGGUGAGGGGAGCGGAAACGAGGAUCACGAUAUCACUGAUGAACACGCACAGUUGCUACAUUCCGGCAUCAUUCUAAAACCGCAAAAGCCCAUUGGUAAAGAUGGUAAUUUGAACUCGCCGAAGAAUGCUGUUAAUCAAGAGGCGGUCCCGGUUUAUGACAAUGCUGGUCUAUUGUCUCCGCCCUCGAACACGAUGCCAGUUUAUGAUAGCGGUUUGGUAUCUCCGAGCGCGCCUGUGGUUACGGUUUCGGGAAUAGCAAACGCCGCCGCAGCUAAAAGACGCAAGAAGAGCUUACAGCCCAGCCAAGUACCGCCCAGUAGCAGGGCCAGUGUUGUACUCCCGCUCCUUACCAAUCCAAAUAUUUUCAUGCCCAAAAAAACUACAGAUGACGCGUAUUGCUAUGGCACUUUAAGAGAAGAUCGUGCAGGCCCGACGACGGCUGGAAAUUUGGGAUCUGAUCCCAGUGUCACUACUCAUUCCAGUCCAGACUUACCUUCAAGUCCUUUGCACGACAGAAAUGAAGAUUUAUAUUCUUGGAUGGCACGGCAAAAUGACGAAGGAUUCCUUAAAGGAUGUAUGGAAUCAAAAAUCAAUACGUUACAAACGGAUUCUACUGAUGAUGACAACUUGAAUCGCGGAGACACACUAGGAAUGGCACCAUCAUUGAACGCAGGAGGUGUGAAUCUUUAUGCCAUUCAAGAUUCUGUUCGUUUUGAAGAUGCAAAUAUCAUUUUUCAACCGUUACUAUCAAGCUUAGGUGUGAUGCCACAGCAAUUAAAACUGACUUCAUUAAACGAAUCUGGUAACAGUAAUGAUGUUACAUCCUUGGAUGCGCUCGGAUCUAAUCUGUCUUUGGUGGGCAACAUGGAGACCAUGAGGAUUGAUAUUGUUGUGUCCGAGCAUGGAAAAACCGAUAAAAGAAAAGGUUCUACAAUUCCGCAGAUGAAUAAAAGCGGAAGCAAGUGUAAGCCCGGAUCUUCAACAAGAUUGAUAUUCGAAGACGAAUGCCCCGCUUUCGUUUGCGAGAAAAUUUCCGUUGAGCUGGAAGUUGAUAGAAUGACCGAUAUGGCUGUUAACGAUAUGAUCAAAACUAGAAACGUUCUUUAUAUUUCUCGGGGACAACUGAAAAAUCACACAAGCACCGUCAUUAAUUUUAAUAUCGGUGUUCGUUAUAUUUCUCAAAGAGUGAAUAUGCCAUUGUUGCGAUUGUUGCAUCAAAUCAGUAACAUGUAUCAAAAUGUUAAAGACACGCAGAACGAGUUACGAGAGCAACAGCCAGUGGAGAUCAGGCGACCCAAAACUAGUGCAAGUGAUCACGUUGAUAUAAAAAACCAUUCUUCAGUUUCAGAUUUGCACGAUGGAACUAAUCUUAAAUUAAGUUUGAAGAUUUCCGAUCCUGGUUCUGAUGUUGGAUCGGUGGUCCAUCAAAAUAAACCAGUAAUUUCACCAUCUCCAAGUGUUCGCUCUAGGCCGCAAAGUUUUGCACAAAAGCUACGUUCGACUGGUAAAAGUGUCAAAGGUUACGUGAAUUUAAGCGAAGGCGUCGGUACCCCUGUCACUUUAAGUUCACCAUCUGGUUCAGCUAUUGAAAACAUCACCAAUGUCACUCUAUCUUCGGAUAAGAGUGUAACUGUUGGACGCUGCUGGAAGACCAUGUAUCACGUUCUUGAUCUUUACGCCAAUAUGCCGGAUCAUAAAACCAUUAAACAUAGAUUCUCUGUGGCUCAGGAUAUUUGGGAAUACAAAUCUUCAAAUCGAAAAUAUGAUCAACUAAAUGAAGUUAAGUCUACCGAUGAAUUGGAUGCUUCGGAGCACAAAAGAUACACGCCGAUCCUGCAACGUGAGGUUAGCAACGUUUCUGAACAACAGCAUACUAAACUCGUUGUGUUCGGAGUGGCUCGAAUCCAUAGAACCAAGUUAUUGGCGACUUUAAGUGUUUUGAAACUGGAAGCUGAAAUCACCAGUCUUCACGCUAGCCUUACUUGUAGAAAGAAAUCGUCUCCGGCUUCGUUAGAAUGCUCCCUCACAGGACAAGUGGGACGUACCAUGAUCGUUUUAUUAGAGGGUGUAGCCCCUAAUCAACAAACUGUGGUUAAAGUAACAGUGGGAAAAUCACAAGCACUUUACUCUAGUGUUAGCAAACGAGGGAAGGAUAAGAAUUCCGGAUUGUUAACUGUUGGUGCUGUUAAUAUCGAUAUUCCGCAACAUCCGGUCGCUCUGCAUGGAAUGGUGACUAGAGGUAGUAAGCAAUUAAGUUCAACUCUUCAAGAGUUGCGAGUCACGCGCACUUCCAGUCGCUUGUCGCGACCAGGAAAUUUCGCAGAAGAAGAUCAUCACAGUGCUCCUCAACAGCAACAGCAAGCAUCGCCCAAGAACCAAACACGUGCAAAUCAUAUGCAUUUACCUGCUUCAUUUGGUAGAAAUAAUCCCCCAGACAAAAGUCUAUUGCAACCUUUGGUCAUGCAAUUCAGUGUAAUAUUACAGAGUUUGAGCAUAAACGCAGCUCUUCUGCCUAGUUUGCAAGCGCAGUACAAAAUGGAUCAGGUGACUUCGACGGGAGUGACCGGAAGUAAAGCAAAGUUUACCAUUGAUUUACCGCAACAUAGUUUGAGCUUUACCACGAAGUUGCAAGUAUCCGAAGCGAAUCUUCCAUCGGAAGCCAGUAUUUCUUUACCAGCAGUUCACGUGUCCGCUGAGUAUAUACCAGAGGGCGUUGCUAACGUGUUACCGGGUGGAAUCGAGGGCGUGGUUUUCAAACAGGGCGGUUACCUUAACGCCCAAGCGGAUAUAGGCGUAUUCGAGCACAGCUUAACCACAGAUUUAUUGAACCAUUUGGUGUUUGUUCAAAAGGUAUUCAUGAAAGAAGUAAACGAAGUCGUGCAGAAAGUGUACGGAGGCGAAAGACCCGUUGCCAUUUGGUUGGAGGAUUCGGACGAAGCUUCGAACCGUAUUCUAUUCUCUUUAGUAAUUCAGAUGCAACGAAUCCAAUUAACAGCUACCACCGCCGGUAGUUCAGCCGUUCGAAUGGAAACUGGUGCAGUCGUAUUGGAAUUAUCCAAUCGCGUACAAAACGUAUCUGCGCAGUCUGCUUCUGCGGGUGGAGGAAAAAAAUUAUCAGGAGCGUCUCCAUCUCGCCUCUUUGGAAAGGCCCAAGUCGAUUUGAAUUUAUCGCUUGGUCAGCUUAUACGCAACGCUCUUUUCGAGGAAGCCGAAGCUGAAUUUCAACAGUUCGCUUUCUUCAAUACGCGAAUUGGGUUACGUAACGCUUUCCAAGACGAAGUUGUCGAUGGCGAAGACAAAGAAGUCGUCCUCAUCACGUUGAAGAGGCCUUUGAUUUACAUCCAACCGGUUGCUGUCGAUAAGGCCAUUCUUGUUUGGCUCAACUACAAGAAUGCAUACGAUUAUUGGAACGAAAAACGGGCGAAUUUAAACAAAGAAGUCUUAACAGCCACGCAACAAGUAUAUGAGAAAUUUCAAUUCGGUCAAUUGACCAGUCAAUUGGGAAAUCCGCAUUUGGGGAUGCUGUUCUUGCAACUCACUGUGGAAGACAUGGGUAUUUGUUUGCCGUUAAAUCCUCUUCCUUUGACCUCUUGGGGUCAACGGGGCUUAUAUGAAGAAAGUCGAGGAGCUGUAGUUAUUACGCUUGAAAAUACUAGUAUAUCUGCUUGCAGUUCUGGAUCAUUGGUGAGUAAAGGAAAGUUCUCAAAUCUUUGUCUAAGAUUUGCGGAUGACUUUGAAACGUCUUUAGACGACUGGAAACCUGAUAUGUCUGAUGCUACCAUCAUGAAUUUAUGCGUCGUGAGCGAUGGUACUUACGAAGUUUGCAGCAGAACCAUAGCUGCAAAACAACACGAAAAUGCCAAGUGGUUCCUGAACGUUCAAUGGCAAAUGGAAGGUGUUGAUAUCCAUUUGGAUACGAAUGUUGGAAAGCAGUUGUCCGCUUUAGGACACACUUUAACUAUGCUCACAGGAGCCGAAGAUACUCCUCUAAAUAUAGAUUACGAUAGUGAUGAUAAUGAGCCUUUGGAUCGAUCUUCGCAAGAGAGCAUUUUACCAUCAAUCCUAUUCGAUGCUAACAUUGACACCAAAAUCCGAUCCAAGAUGUUGGAGAAUUUAAUGAACGAGCAAGCGAAGAUUAUCAACGAUUUACGCUCGUUAGGAGCUAGUCAUGGAACAAUCGAAAUGGAGCUAAAGAAGUUUCACAAACUUGAGAAUAUGGUCUACAAAGAUUUCAGAAUGGAUAUGAUUCAGAAGCUACGAAGACAGAGCGUAAAGCCGUCAGGAAUGAAGGGUAAAUUGGGUAUGAAGGCACCACCUCCUCCUCCUCCGCCGCCGAGCGCCUCAUAUCGUUCGAAGUCUUUUGUUCUAUCCCAAGACACGCCCAGUCCGGAUGCCGGAAGUAAUUUGAGUCCGAAUUCCGGAAGCUUCGAUAGCUCUCCGAGAUCAGGACCAUCUCGAUCCGCUUCAUUGCGAGUGAGAUCCGAUCAUCCGCAUGUAACUUUUUCUGAUGCUCAAUCGAUCGAACGUCAGUACUCUUUACCAAGCGCUUCUUCGGAUCUUUCUCUGCCGGAUUCUGCCGAUUGGCCUGGAUCCCAUCAUAUCGAUAUCGACGGUGAACAAGUUCCGUUACGUAAAAAACCUUCAUCGUAUGAAUUUUGCGAAGGAGCCAAUCUGAUGGAUUCCUUUGCUAGGGAUCAACUACAUUCUUCGAAUCCCUAUCAGAGCACCGGAAGCAACACGCAAACAGGAAACAUGCAGCAGAAAUCUCAAGAACCUAACAUUGAUUUGGAGCUGGACGUGAAGGUUUUUAUUAAUAGCGGGAAAUGCGUACUGCAUACGAAAGAUACUGCAAGAGAUGAGGAAAUUAAGUUGCGGACUAUGAGGAAAGAUCGCAGCUGCAGUUCAGCCGGUUUACUAGAUUUCACACCUACUUCUACUGGAAGUCCGGACCCUUCGAGACGUAAUAAGGAUAGUAAAUUUAUGGGUCAAACUAGCAGCACUCGACUGAGAAAUACUCCUCAUGUGACAUUGGUGGAUUUAACUAUUUUCCAUAUUCCUGGUAUGGACGUGAAGCUGCUGUAUCAAUCGAAAGUGAUUGCCAAAGAUACAAUAAUCGAGGAAGAGACUCCUCGUUAUAGUGAUAAUAUAUUUGAUAGUUUCUCGAUGGGUACUUCAACGUGCUCCACGCCUGCAGCCACCAAAGAGCAGGAAUCGUCUAGAAUUGAUCGUGCCUUCAAACGACAAGAUUCGUUGAUCGUACAACCUACGGACGCUGCAAACUUUACAAACGAUUUCAAUCAAUCCAGAAGAAAUUCCGUGCAUGGAAUUAGCAAUCCGAAUUACACUCCGACAUCGAGUCGAGAGGAUAGUUUGGACACGUUCCCGUUCCAAUUAAGUUUAACUCCAUCGCCAUUAUCAAACCAUGUGCCUCUACCGCAAACCCAGUAUAGAAAACCUCCAACUGGUAUUAAAAAGGCUUCCCUGUUUGCUUGGAUGACAUUGCAAAGUGUCCCUGAGGAAACCAUUAUAAGCCCGCAUAUUUUGGAGUUCUUGGAGCAAACUUUGGAACCCAUUCCUGCAAAAACUAACUUCAACCAAACACCAGGUACAUCGAUAUUAUCAGAUGAUCAAGACGGGACAAAUUACGGAAAUUACGUUUACGCCAGUUUCCCUGUAGACGUUAUCGUGUACUUCCACAUGCAACCCAGCACCUUCAGGUUUAGUUGUCUCCCAGUGUCUAGAGUGGAAUGCAUGUUGCAAUUGCCAUCUCUCGAUAUCGUGUUCAGUUCAAAACGAGCAGAAGACGAACUGCUUCACAGUGAAUUUGGAGAUGGGACUCCAAAUACUGCUGCAACGGCAGUGGGAGGAUUGAGUGUAACCGGUUGCUUAUCAGACUUUUCCGUGUACAUCUUCCAUCCGUACGGCGGGAAAAAGUCUGCUUUAAAAGAAGCCCAAUGGUCUCCUCUCUCCGAUUCGGAACGGAAGGAUUCGUUAUCGAUUAACGUCGAAUUUGUUAAAUUCCAUUUAUCGCGUUCUCGAAUGCUGAAUUUUAAUCAGGAACUAAACACUAAAAGCGGAAAAUCUUCGGACCAAGGUCGUAACGUCAUCCGGUUCUCCACUAUAACAGACAUUGGUUCCGCUUCGUUCAAGUACGAUAUGCGAAGACUUACGGAGAUACUAGCUUUCCCUAAAGCUUGGUACAGACGAUCCAUUGUUCGAAGAAUGUUCUUGGGUGAUCUAAGUAUGUCGGUCUCGCAUCACGACGAUGAUGAUUUGACGUUACCGUCAAAAAGUUCACCCAAAGUAUCCUCAUCUCAUAGGCCUCGCGGAGCCGAAAAGUCUCCACUAUCGAAAGAUAAACUUAAAUUGGCGUUAGAUGGUCAACAGGAAUCGAGGCACAAAUUAAGAGAUGCGGGAAGAACGACGAGUCUUGAAUCGCGAAAUGCAGAAUCCAAUACGAUUGGCUCAUCGACACCGAGUCCUUCCGAACACAAAGCUACAACUGCUUGGGAGACUCUGGUGUUGUUUGCUGUUAAUUUCAAGAAACUCAACGUUCACAUGAAUAUGGGCAACGUUAUGGGAAAUGUUUCAUGGUUGACCAAAGAAUUUAGAAGCGAAGGUCGAUUGAGUAUUGGCUCGACGGGUCAUAAGAAUUUGUAUAUCGCCGUAGGAUUGGGCGGUUCCGGGCUGGAUGCUAAAGGUGGCAUUGUGGGAGGUAACAUAGAGAUAGCCAAUAUCGACACUUACAUUCAUAUAAGGGAGGAGCCAAACGUGGAACCGGAUCAUACCGUUGGUCUGAGGUUGCGAGCUCUUGAGCUUCGACUCGAUUAUAUGGCGACUUCGGUAUUGAUGUGCAGAGUAAGCGAUUUGAAAGUGAAAAUGCGUGACGAGUGGCUUUUGAAUAGAACUCUUCCUCACACCGCAUCGCUACCAACUAGAAGACCUGCGAGUAUCUUCAUGUACGGUGAUUUGAGCUGGGAUCAGCUACAAAUCAUGAUGUCCAAAUCAUCAACUGCCGAUCUUUUAAAAAUGUUUAACAAAUUGGAAGAGUUCUUCUCGCAACAGUUUAAUAGCAGCAAACGUGCGUUCAGUGGUUUCUCUUCGCAAGGUCGUCCACCUAAAGUAACACCACAAAGAAGUCGUGAUGGAAGUGGAUCUAGUCAAUCUCAGCAGCAAACCCAACAACAGCCACAAACGAAUCAACAACAAUCUGCAGCCGGACCUUCGAUAGCAACUGCAGAUGCUCGUCAUCAUAGACAUUGGCAGAGAGUUUUGGCGCAUGUCGCCGGAUUACGCUUAAGUACAAUGCAUGUACCUUUGCCAGAUUACGGCACCGUUUUGGGAGGCACCAUGCAGCUUCACGGAAAAAAUAUUUCUUUGGCUUGCUUCCAUGGCAUCAACUUCAAGAGCAAAUCUUGGGCUCUCUUCAGUUUACGGGAGCCUUGCAUUAAUUUUAACACGGAGGCCCAAGAAGUACCUUCAGGAACAGCUUCAUUCCCAGCGCAAGAUGUACACGUGGUUCAAACCUUGACGUGCUCUUUAGGUUUGAGCACCUACAAAAACCAGUUACCAUCGAUGGCCACAGUUUACAAGGUUUCUCGUACUGUUAUAUUCCCACCGCAGUUUAAGACACUUCAAGAAUGGUUCCAUUAUGCAUUUGCAAAUAGUCAUAUAGAUGAGGUUGAUCGAUUCCCGUCUUUGGAAAGGGAGAAGGAUGGAAGUAUGGAGAGAAGUGGACGAGGAAGCACGAGCACAACCACCAAGCUUACCGAUCCGCAACAUAAUCGUGAAGUAAUAUUCGCACUUCCUAGUUUACAGUUGCACCUGAAAACUGAACAUUGGCAAACAUGCAACACUCCUGAUUUACAAGAAGAAAAACCGACAGUUGAAUGCAGUUUCAUUACGGAGUUCGAGGAUCACAUUUUCGUGACGGUCGACGCAGAGGCUUUCUUCUUCCUGCACGAUCUGAUCACGAGUUACGUGAAGGAAAAGGAUAAAUUGCAAUUUAGCAGCAGUUCACGGUUCUCCGACAUCUCCACGAAGAAACCCAUAGAGGUGGAUAUCUUCACGAAGGAUUGGAGAAACUACCAUUGCAAAACUUGGCAUCUCGAGCCUACAGUACGAUUGUUGAGCGUCGCAGGAAAAUACAUUGAACCGUACGGCAUCGAUUACAUCCUGCAGAAACUGGGCUUCUCGCACGCCCGAACCACUAUACCAAAAUGGAUGCAGCGCGGCUUCAUGGAUCCGUUGGAUGCGAUUCUCGCGGUUCUAACAUUACAAAUGGUGCAGGUGGUGAAAGGAGAUGGAAAUAGGGAAUCAAAGAAAGGCGGUUGAUCAAAUACAUUCCAGUACUAGGUUUACUAAUUUUUCAUUUGUGAUAUUGUGUAACCCGCUUUCUUAAGAAAAAAAAAAUCGUUAGGAGUAGAUU